CCUAGCUUUGACUUGAGUAUCUCUUCAAACUAACUAGCUAGCUCUAUAAAAUCUUACUCUGAGCUUUUUUAUGCCUCUUCUCUUUUUUUCUUUUUUUUUUUUCCUAAAUCAUCAAAACUAAAAAAGAAAAAAAAAAAUUGUGUAGAAAGAAAAAUGAGAAAAUUGGUUUCCUUAAGAUUGACUAGCUUAAUUUUGGCUGUUUUUCUUCUUAUGCAUGCUCUAAGAAAUUCCUUAGCUCAUGCUCAUCAAGCUAAGGUAUCGAAUGCCCUAUCGAGGCAAAAUCAUGUAUUUGCAAGAAAGGAACUUGUUGAUGCUAAUAAACAUGUCGAAAAGGCAAGAAAAGGUGGUAUGGUAGGAGGAAGGAAAAUGAUGAUUACUCACCAUGAAGUUCAAGAGGAUGAUCAUCAUAUGGUGACAAUGAAGAAGAAUCAAACUCCGGUGUUCUCAGGAAAUGAUCAAGAGAGAAAUGCUUUGAAGAUCAACUCUUCUUUGAAAUUUCAUGAUAAAUCACACAAUAAGUUGGAGAAGAAGGCAACACAAAGCAACACCAACAAGGCAAAAACUACUCAAGAUUACGAUACAAAAGCUAAAAAAGAUGAUGAAUCAAAGAGACUCUUAGACGUGACUAAAGAGAUUAUGAAGCUAAUGCAUAGAGAUUACCGAGGAAGGGGAAGACCUAAGAGAAGGCCACCCAUUAACAACCAUAAUCCCAGACACUAAAACAAAAUUAGCUCUUAAUUAACCUCAGUUAGGGUUUAAGGUUCACAAUUUUGACCCUUUGUAGUUAGUGAACCUUUAAUCCUCACUGAGUAUAUAUUAUAGUCCUGUAUUAUUUGCCUUUUUUUGCGGCUUGCUGUUCAACUUAUUUUCUAGUUAAUUUAGAUUAAUGUAUUAGUCUAUAGAAGGAACAUAGUAUAGGUCCUGGUCUUACAUGACAUAUAUAGCAGCACAGUUUUUUUUUUUUUUUUUUUGCUAGGAUUUUGUACAAUAUAUAUGCUCAACUUCUUCCUAUAUGUAUCAAGUUUAGCCGAAUUAAAUAAUACGAGUAUAUGUGUUACUUAGAUGGUAUUGAGAUAAAUAUAUGCUCCUUUCGCCUCUUAAUGAAUGCCUCAGCUUGUUUGCUUAUGGGACGUAAUUAUUACAGGAAUUGAGUUGAAUGAUGCAAGGUAUUUUGAAGGGUAAUACUUCUAUAUAGGCUUGCUAUAAGUCUAGUUUACUAAAUGUAGAAAGUGACCUAUCAUUAAUCUUA